AGCGCAUAUGUGCAGGCCCAUAAUGGGAACUUCCCAACCGCCGAUAACCGAAGCUCCGUUGGCUUAACUUCUACUCUGUACUCACCGACCAUCAUUUCCUAUUUCCUUGCUAUGAACGUCUCUGUAAAAUCCCUCGGAAAGUAAAACCACCAUUCAAACCCUAGAUUCUUCUAGGGCUAGGGUUAGGGUUAAGGUUCCUCUUCCUCUCCCGCCUGCCAUAACUAGACCAUGCCUUCCUCGCCCAAGUUCUUCCGCGCGCGCCAACCGCACUCCGCUCGCAGAUCCACCGUCCUGAUCGUCGCCGGCUGCCUCCUCGUCGGGAUCGCGGGCUUCGCCUUCGGACUCGCGUCACUUUUCCGGCCGAUCAAGUGCUCGCACGGUGAUCCCAGAUCGGUGAGGGUGGUUUGGGAGAGAGGUUCCGGUGGCGGCGGCGGCCGCGACGGACACGGCGCCGUUUCGGAUGGUGGUGGGAACAAUCGGCGUAAGGUCAUGGGUUUUGUCGGGAUUCAGACUGGCUUCGGAUCGGUCGGUCGGCGACGAUCUUUGAGGAUGACUUGGAUGCCGUCCGAUCCUCAAGGACUUCGAAGCUUGGAAGAAGCCACUGGUCUUGCUUUCAGGUUUGUCAUUGGUAGAACCAAUGAUAAGUCUAAGAUGGCAGAACUGAAGAAGGAAGUUGCAGAAUACGAUGAUUUUUUGCUGUUGGAUAUUGAAGAGGAGUAUAGUAAGCUUCCAUACAAAACGUUGGCAUUUUUCAAAGCUGCCUAUGCACUCUAUGAUUCUGAGUUUUAUGUUAAAGCUGAUGAUGACAUAUAUUUAAGACCAGAUCGCUUGUCAUUACUCUUGGCAAAAGAGCGUUCUCAUUCCCAGACUUACCUUGGCUGCAUGAAAAAAGGCCCAGUUUUUACUGAUCCAAAGCUGAAGUGGUAUGAACCGCUAUCCUAUUUGCUUGGGAAGGAGUACUUCCUUCAUGCUUAUGGUCCAAUAUAUGCGCUUUCUGCUGACGUUGUGGCAAGCUUGGUUGCUCUUAGAAACAACAGUUUUCGUAUGUUCAGCAAUGAGGAUGUUACCAUUGGUGCAUGGAUGCUUGCAAUGAAUGUCAACCAUGAGAACAAUCAGGCACUGUGCUCGCCGGAAUGUACAUCAGCAUCUAUUGCCGUGUGGGAUAUCCCCAAGUGUUCAGGGCUCUGUAAUCCGGAAGCGAGGUUAUUGGAACUCCAUGAAAAGGAGAGCUGCUCAAAGAGUCCUACCAUGGAGGCUGAUGAUGAUUAGCACUAAACAUACAUCCUUUAUUAUUUCUGCCGGAGUCAGGUAAUCUGAGAUGAUAUCUUGUCCACCCUGAUAUUACCAGGCGUAUGUUGUUGAUCUAAUUAUUCUCUUUUCAAUUUUCACUCUUCAUCAUCACUUUUGUACUUUUAUCUUUUUUGUUGUGUAAGAUAUAAAACAAACAGAAACCUCAUACGACAACACAAUUUGGUUUGUAAGAGAGUACAAUGAGAGUUUUAGCAAUAGAGGAAUUAGGAAUCUUAGUUAUG